AUGCUGGUUGUCAAGUGCAGCCCCCGCCUCUUGAAGUGGGUUAGUUUUGUUGUUGUUUGGCCUCAGAUUUCUAGGGGUUUCGUGAGGGAGGAUGUAUAUUUCUCGCCCCCCCCACGCCCUGUUACUGCUCCCCCCGCUCCUGGUGGGGAUGGAAAAACAACUUUGGCGCCCCCCGGGGGGUGCGGGCGUGGAGGUGGAGGUGGCCGCCAGCGCCUAGCUGUCAAAGAGAAUCGCCGAGGAAAGGGCGCGAACUUUAUUCCGACUGCGGCAAACCGUGGCGUCGCUUUCCUUUUCGGGCACUCGCCGGUCUCUGUCCCCUUUGACCAGUUCCUCCUCCCGCACCGCCGCCGCCUCCUUUCCCCUUCCCCUUUUUCUCUUUCCGCCGCGGCUGCCCCGGCGCCCCUCGCCCCCGCCAGCCCGGGUCCUCCGCGCGCCGCUGGACAGAAGGUAGCCAGGAUGAGGAUGUGGACCUUCAUUCUGCCUACCACAGAUGGGAGAAUGUGGCACCUGAAACAGCUGCAUCCACCUUGUGACCAGACGGGAGUCCACACACUUGGGAUGACAAGUGACUUGGGUUCUGUUGCUCCAGAUCCAGCAGUUUGGUCCUGGCACUUGAUGGCAGUGGAUACAAAACUGACACAAGAUAAGGAUAUCAAAGUCAGUACCUAAGGAAGCAGAGGAUGUGUCUUCUUUGGUUCAGGAUUCUCUAACUUUUCUUGAGAGUAAGCAUUUUCACAAUGUGAGUAUGCAGUAUUAUUCAGUAAUAUUUAAUUCUGUUAUGGAGGAUAAGAAAAAAAAAUGGGAUGGACGAAACUCAAAGUGUGUCAAAUGGCUUGCAAGAUAUAGAUAAAAUUAAUUAGAUGGGUUAAGUAUAGAUAGUAAGUUAUCUAUAAGACAUUUAAAAAAUAGAAUAGUUGGAAUAUACAAUAAAAAGGAUAGAACCAAAAAAGUGUUUAUGUGUGUGUGUGUAUGUAUAUAGAUAUAUAUGAAGGAAAUUACAAAGGUAUUAGGAGCUCUGAAAGGUAGAAGGACCAAGAGGCACAAAAUAUUCAUAAUACACUAAAUAAACAUGAGGCACAUGAAGCAUUCAAUAUUCAAUACUGACCACUCAAUAUUGAAGCACCCAGUAUUAAAUCAGCCACUCACUGAUGAUAUCAUUCUGGUCCUGUGUUACCUCUGCCCCAAAAGAGUUGCUCAGCAGGCAUGCUAUAUUCUUUUUCUUGCAUCAUUGAAGCAUGUAUUUGUUCUAGUCACCUUCCAUCUUCUAAGACCCUUUGUUUAAACCUGAUACUGAUCCUUAAACUACACCAUCAGUGGAGAAGGCUGAUGUGGCAGAAAGACAAGAAAUAUGAACACCAUAACCCAGAAUGCAUAUAGUGUGGUCCUUCCAUCCAUUCAAAACUUUAAACAUGUCACUCCAUUUUUUUCCUGGCUUCCAUAGAAUCUGAUUAGAAAUGUGUUCUACAGUUGAACAACAUGGGUUUGAAUGCAUGGCUCCACUUAUAUACAGAUUUUUUUUUUCAAUAAAUACAGUACAGUUCCAUAAAUGUAUUCUCUCCUCCUUAUGAUUUUUCAAAAAACAUUUUCUUUUCUCUAGCUUACUUUAUUAUGAGAAUACAAUAUAUAUUAUAUAUAAUACAAAUAACCUAUGAAAUAUGCAUUUAUGUUAUUGAUAAGCCUUCUAGUCAACAGUAGGUUAUUAGUAGUUAAGUUUUCAAGGAACCAAAAAUUAUCCAUGGAUUUUCAACUGUACAGGGGGGUCAGUGCCCAAAACUCCCAUGUUGCCCAAGGGUCAACUGUACUAUAAUUCUUAUGUAAUGUUGUUGGUUUUUUUCUCUGACUUCAAGAUUUUCUCUUUAUCUCGUGUUUUCACUAGUUUGAAUAUGAUGUGUGUGCGGUGCUGUAUUUACCUAGUUUGGUAUUCCCUGAACUUCUUGGAUCUGUAGGUUGAUAUAUUUCAUUAAUUUUGGAAAAUUCUCUGCCAUUAUAUCUUCAAAUAUUUCUUCUGUCCAAUUCUAACUUGUUCUACUGGGAUUCCAAUUACAAGUGUGUUAUACAAUUUGAUAUUGAUCCAUAGCUCUUGAAUGGUCUAUUCUAUUUUUUUAAACAUCUUUUUCCUCUUGGUAUUCCAGUUUGUGUAAUUUCUAUUCUCCUUUUCUUGGAUGUUUCAAAUCUACCAAAAAGAAUUCUUCGUCUCUGUUUUCAUUUCUAGUAUUUCAUUUGAUUGUUUCUUUCAGCACACUAGAGUUUUUAACAUGUUAAUUGUAGUUAAGUUCCUUGUCUGACAGUUCCAAUAUCUGGGUCAUAUCUGCAUUUAUUAACUGCUUUGUCUUUUAACAAGAGUGCUGUUUUUGCUUGCUUCUUUGUGGUGAGUUUUGAUUGAAAACUGAGCAUCUUGUGUGGGAAGUAGCAUUCAUGCCUGAAAGUAGACAUGCCCUUUCUAUUGCUAGCCCUUUAGUGUGGGGUAUUGAGACAGUUAGUUGGGAAUUGAGCUGGGUUUGUGUUUUAUUGUCACUAAAGUUACCUUCAGUACAGGUUUCAAAUCUUUCUAGCUUAUCUUGCACUUAGGCUGGCGGCUGGUUUGCUGGAGGGUUUUUCUCAGUGUCUCCCACACCCUCAGAAUUAGGUCUUCUCUUUUUGCCUGCACGUCAGAGAGGGAACUCCCUUCUUGAUAUUGCCCUUCCCUUAGCAGUAACUGCUCUUUCUUGUUACUCAGAGCUUGUUAGCCUGAUGGUGGGGACUGGGGAGUUGAGUUUUCUGGUUCAAUCUCAGUCUUAGAGGCUAUGUUUCUGGGUCAUUUUCCUGCCCCUCUGUGAAAAGCAGAAGUUUGUUUGCUUGUGUGUUUGGUCAUUUCUCCCAGCUGCAUAGGUGCCCUAUAGGUGACAGGGUUUAUUACUCUUUUUCCAGUGACUUUGGCUUUUAUUUCUCAAGGGGAAAGGGACUAGGUUGGGCAUUGUGUCUUUCCAGCAGUGGUGGUUCUCCUCUCCCAGGCCUGUAUUUUCUCUGUCUCUCCUACCUCCAAUCUUUCAUGUGGGUACUGAGUGAGAUCCUUAGAGAAAAGCUCACAAGUGUGUGCAAAUUCUUCUUGUCUCUGUGGCUCCUAGGGAUUAUAUAAUUAAAAAAAAAAAGAUUUAUUUAUUUAUUUGAGAAAGGGAGCACGAGCGGGGGGCAGAGGGAGAGGGAGAGAGAAUCUCACGCAGACUCCACACUGAGUGUGGAGCCUAACAUGGGGCCUGAUCUCACAACUUGAACACAAACCAAGAGUCGGACACUUAACCAACUGCACCAACCAGGUGCCCAGGAAUUAUAGAAUCUUAUACAAGCUCACACUCAGCCUUUAGCAGUCCAGUAAACAUUUUUAGCUAAAAUAAAUUCUUCUUACUAUAUUGUAUGGAUGGCAUCUCACAUCUGCCCUGGGUGAGCAAGUGCUUGUGACCCAUCUCUUCUUGGACAUACCUGGUUUUUUUUUGUAUUUUGGGUUAGCUGGUUGCCUUGCAACCUGAGCUAUCUGAAGCAUUCAAGAAGUAAUUUUGCAGAUUACCCAAUUUUUUCUGUUGUAAAGGUGGGAAUGAUGCUCUUUCCAGCUCUCUAAAUCCUGAGUGGAAGUUUGCACCAUAUCCUGAGGGUGUUAACCCACCCCAGCUCUUUCCCCUUGAUUCUCAUUGUAUCCUUUAAAUUGAUUUAAUAAAAUAUGAGGUUUGAACAUUUUAAUUUGAUCUGUGAGCCUCUCUGUGCCUUAACAUCCAUGAGACUUUGCCUGGUAAAGUACUUCUAGGCUCUUACUGCAUCAGUGUAAUUUUCCACAUAGCAACUAUUAGCUUGGUGUGGACAAGUCUCCUCUGUUGAAAUUAUUUCCUGAGAUCCUGAGUUUUGCACUGGGGCAUUUUUACUCAUGAGUUUAUAGAUGUAUUGAAGAGCAAUACACUUUGCUACACUUUCACACAUAAAACAAUUCAUCAUUAAGACACCUCUAUAGUUGAGUGAGCCAGUUCCUUAUAAUAAAUCUCAUUAUGUAGAUAGAUAGAUAGAUAGAUAGAUAGAUAGAUAGAUAGAUAGAUAAUUUGUUCUAUUUUGAUGUUUCUCUGAAGAACCCUGCCUAAAACAAUAGAUUAUAUUAUUGUCAUAUCUAGGUUUAACCUUGAUCUCUCUAUUUCCUCCUAUUACAUAACACAUAUCCCCAGUCAGACUAGGAGUUUCUUCCUCAUUAUUCCCAUGCGCAUUUGAGUGGAGCAUCCAUUACUGUCACGUUUAAUACUGGUUGACACAUAUAAUUAUAUACUUUAUGUUUGUAUCUCCAUUAUUAAGUUGAGUUUUGAAGGGAGGGGUCUCCCCUUAUUUGUCUUUUUUACCCCCAGUGUCUAAAACAAUCAUUAAGAACUUCGGUGAGGGGGCAUCUGGCUGGGUCAGUCGGUAUAGAGUGUGACUCCUGAUGGGUUUUGAGUUUGAGCCCCAUGUUGGGUGUAGAGAUUACUUAAAAAUAAAAUCUGUAAAAAAAAAAAAAAAAAAAAAGAGGGGUACCUGGGUGGCUCAGUUUGUUAAGCAUCUGGCUCUUGGUUUCAGCUCAGGUCAUGAUCUCAGGUUCCUAGGAUCAGGCCCCAUGUCAGGCUCCAUGCUCAGCGGGGAGUCUGCUUGAGAUUCUCUCUCUUCCUCUCUCUUUGCCCAUCCCCCUGCUCUCUCUCUCUCCCUCUCUCAAUAAAUGAAUAAAUAUUUUUAAAAAUAAAGUAUUAAAAUUAAAAAAAUAAAAGAAGUUAGUAAAUGUUUAUAAACUGACCAUAUAUAACAUCUACUAUGAAAGUUAUUGUUUGGAUCCUGUGAUUGUGUAUGUGCCUGGGUAUCAUAAACUGGCAAGUGCUUCUCAGAUAUUGGUUAUUAUUAUUAUUAUUAUUAUUGACAAAAUUGGCUUUGGUGGAAAGGCUAACCUAGUAAUAUGACUUUCAUUUAUAUCAGUUAUUCUGUGACAAAGUAAUUAUAGCAGUAAUCACUUUUAUGCAUUGAAUGCUUACAUAGCAGUGGCUGACAGUGCUUUUGGCUAUGGUUACCUGAGGUGUAGAGUCGCUUGCUCUUAUAGCAGAUCUCUGGACCUUGAAUUUUAUAUUCCUUGGCUCUGAUCUUCAUAUUCUGCCCAGGUUUGCCAGCUCUCUUCUGCCUUCAGGUACUGAAGCCUGCUUUUGUUCUUGUAAAUGCUGCUGAGGUCACGCUCUACCCAGAACUGACCACCUAGAACAUGAGGCUGCAACUGACUUCAAUGAUGACUUCAUCACUUACGUCCUGUCCCCUGGAUCAGAAACUGUUGAGUGUUGGUAUAAAUUAAGAUUAAACCAAGACUUUUUGGUAGAAAUUGACAAGCUGAUUCUAAAAUUUAUAUGGAAUUGCAAGGGACCCAGAGUAGCCAAAACAAUUUUAAAAGCAACUAAUAAAGUUGGAGGACUCAUACUUCUCAGUUUCAAAAUUUGCUGCAAAGCUGUAGUAAUCAAGACAGUGUGGUAUUGGCAUAAGGAUAAACAUAUAGAUCAAUGAAAUAGAAUUGAGAGUCUAGAAAAAAACUUACAUUUAUGGAAUUGAUUUUUGAUGAGGGUGCCAAGACAAUUCAAUGGGGGAAAGAACAGUCUUUUCAACAAAUGGUAUUGGGACAGCAGAGUAUCCAUAUACAAGAGAAUGAAGUUGAACCCUUAUCUCAUGUUUACACAAAUUGGUUCAAAGUGGGUCCAAGACAUAAAUGGAAGAGCUCAAACUAUAAAACUAUUAAAAGAAAACAGACAUAAACCCUUGGGAUCUUAGAUUUAGGCAAUGGUUUUUUAGAUAUGACACCAAAAUUACAAAUGACAAGAAAAAAAAAAAAAUUUGACUUCAUCAAAAUGAAAUCUUUUGUGCUUCAAAGGACACCAUCAAAAAAAUGAAAAGACAAAUCACCAAAGGGGAGAAAAUGUUUAUAAAUCACAUAUCUGAUAAAGGACUUAUAUCCAGAAUAUAUGAAGAACUCUUACAGCUCAACAAUUAAAACAGAAACAGCCCAGUCAAAAAAUGGGCAAAAGAAAAGAAUAAACAUUUCUUCAAAGAAGAUAUACAAAUGGCUGAUAAAUAUGAAAUUGUCCUCAGCAUCCUUUGUCAUUAGAGAAAUGCAAAUCAAAACACAGUGUGAUACUAUUUCACACCAAUAGGGUGGGUAUAAUCCAAAGAUAAUAACAGAUGUUGGGGAGGAUAUGGAGAAAUUGCAACAAUAAUUAAAUUGCUGGUAGGUUUCUAAAAUAGGGCAGCCACUUCAGAAAACAUUUUAGCACUUCCUCAAAAUGUUAACAUAGAUUUACCAUAAGACACAGCCAUUGUACUCCUAGGUAUAUAUGCAAGAGAAUUGAAAACUAAGCCUACAUAAAAACUUGUACACGAAUAUUCAUGGCAGCAUUAUUCAUAAUAGCUCAAAAAUAGAAACAACCCAAAUGUGCACCAGCUAAAGAAUGGAUAAACAAAAUGUUGUAAAUCCACGAAAUGAGAUAUUAUUCAGCAGUAGAAAGGAAUGAAGUACUGACACAUGUUGCAACGUGAAUGAGCCUUGAAAACAUAACACUAAGUGAAAGAAGCCAGUCAUGAAAGGCAACAUAAUGUAUGAUCCCAUUUAUAUGAACUGUCCAGUCACACCUCGUAUCAGCCCCCCCCGACUAGCCCUUAAUGGUAGGAGGGGGAAAUGGGGUGUAACUGUUAAUUGAUAGGAGGUUUCUUUUUAGGGUGAUGAAAAUGUCCCAGAAAUAGAUAUUGGUGAUAUUUACACAAUUCUAUAAAUAUACUAAAACCUACUGAAUUGUAUACUGAAAAGGCUAAAUUUUAUAUGUGAAUUAUAUCUCAAUAAAGCUUUAACAAAGAAAAAAAGAUUAAGCUGAGAUUUCGUUUUACUUCUUGGGGCACUGGAAUUUGCACACCAUAAGAAUUACCUCUGAAGUGGUGUUGGUUCACUAGACUUUCCCUCACUCCCCCACUCCCCUACCUCCCCAGACCUGAUUCUGAUGUUCCCAUAUGCUUUAUUGGCAUGCCUGAAUCAGAAUAGGUUAAUGAAAUAUUUUGUCAUUCAGCAACCAUAUUUUCAGACUUGUGAAUGAAAUACACACUAUUAAGCUGCAGCAGUAUGUUUCAAUCUGUAUCUAAACAUUUCAAUAGAUUGAUUACACUGGGUUUAUUUAUUUGUUUAUUCGUUUAUUUAUUUUAGAGAGAGAGCAGGGAGGGGUGAAGGGCAGAGGGAGAGGGAGAGAGAAUUCUAAGCAGGCUCUAUGCCCGGCAUGUAGCCCAAUGCAGGGCUCAAUCUCAGGACCCUGAGAUCACGACCCCAGCCAAAAUCAAGAGUCAGAUGGAGCCACACAGGUGCCCUGACACUGGGAUUUUAUUUUCAAAGCAUUAAUGUCACUAGGUCAGAUAUCUGGAAUAAUUAAGAGAUUGAUAUGCAGUAGUGUUUGCAUAAAAACUCAACCUAUUUUUUUUAAAGAUUUUAUAUUGAUCAUUAAAAUUCUCCACACACAGCUACUUCACUGCCAUUGCCCCGAAGAAGUUUCUCUUUCAGGAAACAAACAUAGUAUUAAAUGGAGGAAAGCAACUUGUCUCUACUUGAAAGUCCUUCAAGUUGGCUUUUAAAAUGAGGACUUAAAUUUGCCCUCUUUCCCCAAGCUGUGUACCCACCAGGAGACUUGGGGCUAAAGUAUAAUCGGGUGGAAUUCAUUCUUGACAUGUCCUGGAAUUUCUAUCCCACUCUUCAACAACCUUUAUUUCAACAACAGAGACUAUAAUAUCAUUUUUCUACUGGAAACAUAUAAUUUGAGUCUGAAAUGAAUGACACUGCACAUCAUCAGGCAUAUCUGGAAGGCUGUAACCUAAACAGGGAACCUGUUUAAAACGUACACUAGACUCCUAAUUUCUGUUUUGGUCUUCUGAGGCCUGUUGCUAAAUCCCGUUCUACAUUAAAAACACUAACCACACUCUCCACUUAUCUGACAGACUGCAGAACAGUUGGAGAAUACAAAUUCUGCUUGGAUAUCGUGUUUUCACUGUAUAUACAGCAGCCACACACAGUGAUGGUCAGUAAUGACUAAAAUAUGGCACUAGGUGCAAUCCCCUCCAUGUGAGUUGAAUUAAUUGAUUUAUUAGGUGCAAAAUAGCCAGGUGGAUUUAAGCUAAUUAAGAAUUUGAUUGCUAAUUGCCAACAAGGGGGGAUUUUUAAAAAAUUAGUAAGUUCAAUAUGUACUUGUAGCACAUACAAACCACAGGCUGCCUCUAGCAGGGAAUGUAGCGCUAAUGUCUGAGUAGAAAUAAAACGGCCUGUUUUCUCUGCAAUCCAUGAAUGUUUCUGGUUAAUGUCACCUCUUCUUGGUAGACACUCAUAGGAGAACUGGGCACGACACACACAAAAGAACAUGAAAAGUUAAGAAGUACCCUCAAGGGGCACCUGGGUGGCUCAGUUGGUUAAGCAUCUGCCUUUGGCUCAGGUCAUGAUCCCAGGGUCCUGGGAUCGAGCCCCGCAUCGGGCUCCCUGCUCAGCGGGGAGCUUGCUUGUCCCUCUCCCUACCCCACCCCCACUCAUGCUCUCUCUCACUCUCUCUCUCUCUCAAAUAAACAAAAUCUUAAAAAAAAAAAGUAUCCUUAAAAAAAUAGACAUAUGAACUGUGAAAUAGUAACAAAUCAGAAUUACCUGCCCUGCUAAAGGAAUGACAUGGACUACUAUAAUAUGUCAUUACAUAUUUCUGUAUUCAUCCAUUUAUUUAUCCUGUGCAUUCAUUCACCCACCCAUUUAUCUAACCAUUCAUUCAAAGUUUGUUGAAUAUCUUAUGUGUACUUUCAUAUCCUCCUUCUUUACUUGGUACUUUAUUUGAAGGAUGUCAACAUGCUAAUAAAAGCACACUGGAAUCCUUUUUUUUCAAACAGGUAUUUAGGGCUCAUUAUGCGCUAUGCCAUGUGCUAAGCACUUCACAAAGAUAACUGCCUUAAUCCUAGCAAAAAAACUGCAGAAAGGGGCGCCUGGGUGGCUCAGAUGGUUGAACGUCUGCCUUCGGCUCAGGUCAUGAUCCCAGGGUCCUGGGAUCGAGUCCCACAUCAGGUUCCCUGUUCCUUGGGAGCCUGCUUCUCCCUCUGCCUCUCUCUCUCUCUCUCUCUCUGUCUCUCAUGAAUAAAUAAAUAAAAUCUUUAAAAAAAAAAAAAA